AUGGGAUAUGAAGGAAAAGGAUUAAGAAAAAAUGAGCAAGGAAGUCAAGAGCCCAUUCAGCCUAUUAUGAGACCAAAGUAUGAAGGUCUUGGAUAUGGUAAGAAAGAUAGCUCAGAAGUGUCAGAACAAGGGAUGGAGAAUGCUGUUCAGUAUCAGCCUCCCGCCACCAAAAUUCCCUUCGAUACCAACAACAAAUUUAACGUGUUUCUCAGCUUUCGCGGAAAAGAUGUGAGAACAACUUUUGUCGACCAUCUCUACGAAUCUCUCUCGGGAGAGGGACUUAAGGUUUUCCUCGACAGCGAAGAGCUGGAGAAAGGCAAAGAAAUCGAUUCAAAUUUGCAGGAAGCCAUUAAAACAAGUGAUGUUCUGAUCCCUAUAUUUUCUAAACACUAUGCAGAAUCAACUUGGUGUCUGAAGGAGGCUGCCCAGAUGUGGAGAUCCAAUGGCUUCAUCAUUCCUCUUUUCCAUGAUGUGGAGCCCUCUGAUGUUCGCUACCCUCAAAGAGAGGGAGGUCCAUUCGCCAAGGCAUUCCAAAAGCAUUACAGCCAUUUAGAUCGGCAGGAUGAGAAAACAAUCGAGGAAUGGAAGAAUGUUCUUCAUCAAAUCUCUUCUCUUUCUGGUUGGACAAGGGCGGAAGAAUUCGGGUUUGAUGCUUAUUUCUUUGCACAGAAAAAUGGUACCCUUGUAGACUUGCAAGGGGCAAUUCUAAGAAGAUUGGUAAAUUACCAUGGAGAAGUUUCAAGUGUUGCCGAGGGAAAAGCUCUGAUGAAAAACGUAUUGCAAGGAGUUCGUGCCCUUGUCAUUUUGGAUGAUGUGAAUGAUCUGAGUCACUUGGAUGCACUGAAUGGGGACUGGUGUGGGCCUGGGAAGGAUGAAGCUCUUCAAUUGUUUUGUUGGCAUGCUUUCUCGAGGGCGUUCGCGGAGACCCCCUACAAAAAGCUUUCUACAAGAAUUGCAAGAGCCUGCAAGGGUCAUCCUCUUUCAUUACAAGUUAUUAGAGCAUAUUUGUUUGAUAAGAAAGAGCGGGAUGACAUUCAAUAUUGGGAAGAAGCUCUCCAUAACAUUGGGGAAAAUCAAGAAAUAUCCAAAGUCCUUCGAAUCAGUUAUGAUGGACUUCGCCAUGUUGAGAAGGAAAUGUUUCUGGAUAUAGCUUGUUGUUUUGCUGGUAAAAAAGAAAAUGAUGCUGUUACCUUCUGGGAAGUUUUAUACCCAAAAAGAGUUAAAACAGCUCUCAAGAAUCUUUCGCUGAAAAUGCUUAUAAAUGAGAGUGGCCCUAAAAAUCUCCUCGAUAUGCAUGACCUUCUGCGGGGAAUGGGAAAAGGAAUUCAAGAGCAGAUUGAUAAUAAUAGCAGACUCUUGCUGCCUAUGGGUUCACACAGAGCUUUGAGCAGAGACAGAGCAGAGGGAGUGAAUAUGCUUGUUUACACAGGGGAUAAUGGAAAAGAGCCUGUGAGCUUCCAUAGAAUGCCAUCCAUACGCUACCUAGUUGUGCAAAAUACAAAAAUAGUGGGAAACAUUGGAAAGUUCGCUCCGAAUUUGUUAUGGAUAAAAAUAAAAAACUGUGAAUUAGGUGGUAUGUAUACAUGGUUAACAUUAAGAAACAGAUUCCAACUGGAUAGCAGUUGGUCCCAAGUCAGGAUUUUAAGUGUAGAGCAGUGUCCAACUUUUACGAUAAUCCCAAAGACACUUGACAGCUUGGUGAACUUCCGAUGCUUGUAUCUGCAGGAUUGUGUUGCUCUCACAAUUCUUCCAGACACACUUGAUAACAUGGCACAAUUGAAGGAGUUGCAUUUGUGCGGCUGUACAAAUUUAACAAGCCUUCCUGAAACUGUAGGCAACUUGAUGCAGUUAGAAAUCUUGCGUUUGAAAGACUGUACAGCUCUAAGAAGCCUUCCCAGCACUAUAGGUAAUUUAGUUCAACUACAGGAGCUGGUCUUGAAAAGAUGUACAGGGCUAAGGAAUGUUCCCAACACAAUAGGUGACUUGGCACAACUCCAGACUUUGAUUACGUAUAAUUGUUCAAGUUUACAGAGCAUUCCUUACCCGUUCGGCAAGUUAAAAAAUCUUAGGCGAUUACACAUUCCAGGUUGGACAGACCUAGAAAGCUUUCAUGAUGCGGUUAUCAGUUUAGCCCAGCUUAGGGAGUUAAGCAGAAGCGUCGGGAUAGGAAGCUCGGUGCAGAAGAAGUUUAAUGUCUACAUUGUUUACCACGCAGCAGAUGAAAGGAAAAUAUUGAUGGCUCAUAAGUACAAACACCUGCGCACCGGAUCACUUUGUUUGUGCACAGGCAGUGAGGAUAAGGAAAGUAGUGACAUUAGGGAUGCAAUUGAUAGCUGUGAUAUUCUUGUCCUUGGUUUAUCCAAGAGCUUUGCAGAGUCGAUUGUGUGCAUGAAAAAGUUCGCAGCCAUAAGGCGCUCGAAGAAUGGCCUUAUUGUUUCUCUAUCCCUUCGCAGCUUUACACAGUCCUGUCGUAUCAAAUUUUUGAGCACAUUGAGAGAGUUAUGA